CACUAGAAACUCAAAGCCAUCCUAGGAUCCUCCUAAAAAUAACCUAACCAACGCAGACUGCCGCCCUUCACUUGCCGGUGAUGAACGGUUGCGUCACCCACGAUUCUGACGGAGCUAGUCCGCAUGCAUCUAAUAUAUGACGGUCCCCACCAGUCCACUACCGCCAUUGAUCUCUUCGUCCUCCUUGUUUCUCCCAAAUGCAUCAUCCCUCUGCUAGUUUGUUAGGUAACAUGAUCCACAAUCUCUCUCCUGAUUAAUAAAAUUAUUCAAUCCACAUUGUUUUCCAUUCUUCUGCAUUAUGUCGGUUUUCGGAUUCUAUAUAAUUAAACUGACUUCAUCUUUAGUCCAUCACCAUCAACAUCACCACCUCCACAGUCCACCCACCACCAUCAUAUCACCAUUAGCCAGCAGCGAUGAACACCCUCCUCCAGCUUCAAUGCCCAACCCCAGUUGAUAACAUGUUGAGGAAAACUAUCUCUCCCGGAGACCGACAGCUCGAAACCCCUCAGCUGGUGUACAGUCAAAUGGUGCGCCACAAAACCCCGCCACCGGAGAAGAAAGGGUGGUGUUCUUGUGGCUGCACUGAGUGCAAUGACCCGACGGUUCCACACGACUACUUUGAUGCUGUUCUGGAUUACAUUAACGAUAUGCUCAUGGGGGAAGAAGAUGACCUGAUCAACAAAUCAUCCAUGUACCAUGAUUGUUCUGCUCUCCAAGCCACCGAGAAAUCGUUCUAUGAUGUUAUUGCCCAGAAACAGCCUACUUUUCCUUCCAGCAUUGAAGCAUUGGAUCUCAAUUUGUCUUCGAAUCAAUGUCCGGGAGGCCAUUUUGUUGGAAAUCCGACAGGGGUUUCUCUGAGGGGAAAGAAGAACCGGCAACCUUCGGAAUGUGGUGGUUUUGAGCAACACAGAAGUAACAAGCACUUAGCGGGUGGUCGUCGUGAGGAAGAGCUAAUGGAUACUGAAAUCACAGCCAAGAUCGACAAGCUCCUACUUUGUCCUGGCUCAAAGGAAGUCGGAUUGCAUGAUGAGCUCGCUUGUUGUCCCUUUGACAACCCUGCGAAUCCAUUAAUCAAAGGAAAACAAAGAAGAAAGAGAAAUGAUCCCAACAAAGAGAUCGUUGACUUGAAGAGUCUACUCACUCAAUGCGCACAAGCCGUUUCAUCAAACAACACACCAAGGGUAGAAACAUUUCUCAAGAAGAUACGUAAUCACUCCUCUCCUCGUGGAGAUUCUGAGGAGAGAAUGGCACAUUACUUUGCUGACGCCCUUGAGGCCCGUUUUUUAGGCACCGGAAUGGAUCUCUAUGCAAAUUUAGCCUCAAGUAAGAUCACCGCUUCCGAUAUUGUUAAAGCUUAUCAGGUUUACGUCUCGGCUUGCCCUUUCAAGAAAAUGUCUAAUAUCUAUGCCAACAAAAUGAUUGGAAACCUCGCGAGAGGUUCCCCAAAGCUUCACAUCAUCGAUUUUGGGAUCCUAUAUGGUUUCCAAUGGCCCUGUCUCAUUCAGGGCCUUUCAGCAAGGCCCGGUGGGCCCCCAAGUAUUAGGAUUACAGGAAUUGAUUUUCCUCAGUCAGGCUUUCGUCCGGCUGAAAGAGUUGAAGAGACAGGAAAUCGCCUAGCUGAAUACUGCAAAAGAUUCAACGUCCCAUUUGAGUAUCACGCGAUAGCAAAACAAUGGGAUAGUGUUACAAUCGAAGAUCUCAAAAUCAACAAGGACGAGAUUCUCGUGGUUAAUUGCUUGUAUCGAUUAAGGAAUGUACCCGAUGAGACCGUACUUGGAGCAAUGGAGUGUCCACGGGAGUCAGUCUUGAAGUUGAUAAGGACUAUCAAGCCACAUAUGUUCCUCCACGGGGUUGUGAAUGGGAACUACAACACCCCAUUCUUUUUGACACGAUUCCGUGAGGCCUACUUCAACUUCUCGGUGCUAUUCGAUAUGUUUGAGGCAGCAUUGCAUCGUGAAGACGAGGAGAGGUUAUUGUUUGAGAAGGAGGUGAUUGGUCGGGAACUGAUUAAUGUGAUAGCAUGUGAAGGAACAAAGAGGAUUGAGAGGCCGGAGACGUAUAAGCAGUGGCAAACUAGGAAUGAGAGGGCAGGGUUUGUGGCGAUGCCGAUGAACCGAGACAUAAUGAAGGAGGUAAGGGCGAAGGUGAAAAUUGGGUUUCAUAAGGAUUUCAUGGUGGAUGAUGAUGGACAUUGGAUGGUGCAAGGGUGGAAGGGGAGGGUGAUCUAUGCUAUUUCCUCAUGGAAGAUAACAUAGCCGUUUGAUGGAGAUUUAUUUGGACUCGUCUUUUAGAUGAUACAUCAUUAUACCUUAGAGAUUUUGAGUUCAAAUCUUUCUUUCACUUUAAUUAAAUAAGUUAUGUUGUUUUUAUUAUCUAAGUAUACCAUAAUAAUAUAGCAAGUUAUGUUGUUUUUAGUAUCUAAAUAUACAAAAUAAUACAGGACAACUAUCGUCCUUCAUGUA